AUGAUGGAGAGUGCCGAGCCCAGCCACCGCCUCUGCACUCAUGCGUGCCACGUCCAGCCGGCUGCACGUCUACUCCACAACGUGCUCGACUUAUUGCUGUGCCCUCGCAUAACACCAAACCAAAUCACAUCCAACUCUUAGACGACUCCCUGCUAAUUCCUGCGGCUGGCUUUUCAGUGUGUUACAUGUGCUCCCGUCUGUACCUCUUACACAGCCCCGUCAAUUGUGAAUGUGUCCGGAAGAGUGCCGCCGUCUUUGAGUGUGUGUGUUGUUUAAACGUUAACGCCUAAGCCGAAUUCAACUUGUGUUGACAACCACAUCAACGUGCAAUCAGGGAAAAAUCAAUUCAACUGUGUCUGAUGACAAGUGAUUGCAUCAUUCGAGUUCAAAUCGAGGCCUAAUAUAUCUUCAGUGCCAGUGAAUUGUUGUUAUAUACACCCCGCCAAUCGGUUGUUGUAAACAUUUCUUUGCGGUGAAAUGAUUGUCCAGUCGGACAAGAUGAUGAGAGAACAGUCCGUCAACAACAACAACAACAACAACAACAGUCGAGUGGCAGUGUCACCUCCGGCCGCCGUGGCGGCACCCGACCACCAACAGAGUCCGUCGUGUUUGACGACGUCCAACGGCGGACUGCUUUACCGGCCGUCAGCGGCCGCUGCGGCCGCCGCCGCCGCUCUGUCCAUGGCCGGCGCCUUCCCUUUCGGUCCGUUCGGCACGCUCAACGGCCUGGGCGGAUUGGGCGGAUUGCGGAUGCUGGCCAAUCAGUCUUCCAUGUCCUUCCAGGCCGGCAUGCUGGGCAUUGGCAGACCCAAUUUGAGCUCGUUACUGCCAUUCGGAAUUCACCAUCCGUCGGGAACCGGCACAGUCAACUCUAGGCCGUCGGCCUACUUCCCCUACGCCAAUCCGCCGCAAUUCCAACAGCAGCAGCAGCAACAACAGCAACAACAACACCACCAGCAACAGCCACCAACUCUGCUCCAAAAGCAGCAGCAACACCACCAACAGCAACUUCCGUCUCCAGCGUGCGGAAGUGCCAGCGGCGGAGGUGGUAGUGGCGGUGGUGUCACAGCAGAACGGAAUGGCGAAAGAGGAAGUAGCGGAUUGCUUCCGCACACGCCGCCGACGUCGCCGAGUCUCGACGAAAACACCGACCUCAACAAAACAGAUCCCGAUCUGGACGAUCCAACGGGUAAACGCCGUCGCUCGCGAACCAAUUUCAGCACUUGGCAGCUGGAAGAAUUGGAGAGAGCGUUUCAGGCCAGUCACUACCCGGACGUUUUCAUGCGGGAAGCCCUAGCCAUGAGACUGGACCUCAAGGAAUCUCGAGUCGCCGUGUGGUUCCAAAACCGUCGAGCCAAGUGGCGCAAGAAGGAGCACACAAAGAAAGGUCCAGGGCGGCCGGCCCACAACGCCCACCCGCAAACGUGUUCCGGUGAGCCGAUUCCGGCCGAGGAGCUGGAGCGCAAAGAGCGCGACCGCAAGGAGAAGAAGUUGCUCAAGUCUCUGGAAAAGCAACAGAAGAAGCUGGCCCUCAAAGGCAUCCAUGUAGACAUGGCCAGUCUGCGGGCCGAGUGGGAGACGCAGCACCGCAACAAAUUGUCCGGGCAAUCGGGUGGUGGCGGAAGCAAACACGGCAAAUUCCUCCUGGGAAGCGGAGGCGGAGGCUCCGGAAGCGCCACUCAUGACGCUUCCAGCUGCAAUCUGAUGGCCGGAAUGGACGCCAGCAACUCUUCCGGCGACGACUCGUCCAUGAGCUGCGACAGCGCCAACAACAUUGACGUGGACGUCGUCGGUGACGCCAACGACGACCUCAACAACCCGCAGCAUUUCAACCAGUCGCUGUUGAAGCUCAACAUCUUCCAGCAGCAGCAGACGAGCCACAAUUCUAAUAAGCUUCAUCAUCAUCCGCCAUCCAUGUCGUCGUCGUCGUCGGCCGACGACCGGGUCAUCCGCCAUUUCCCGGUCGAGUUGCUGAUGAGCAGCCCAGCAGCACCUGCUGUUCCAGGUGCCACCACCGUCUCCUCCUCGCCGCAAGCAUCCGCCAAACCGACUAGCAAUCAUUCCUUUAGUAUCGAGAGUCUCUUGUCCUCUAAUUGUCGCUAAUUGUGUGUGUGUGUGUGCAGUGCAAAUGAUGGGCAUCAUUUUUAAAUACGAUUGAAAUUAUUAUUAAUGAUUAUUAUUAUUAUUGUUCUUACAUCAUAAAAUUCUUCACUUGUGCUUAUUUUUGUUGUGUUUUUCUUCUUUUGUUCGUGUUCAUUGUUUCGCCCCCCCCCCCACACUCCCAGUUUUUCAACUCGUCAAAUCCAUUCCACGUGAAAUAAAUUAUAUAUCAAUGUCUCAUACAUAUUAUAUAAGGUGCAAUAAGUUGUAUUAUAUUUAAAAAUCCAAAUUUUUUAAAUGUGUCAUUUCUCUACAUCACUUUACCAAACACAAUCCUUAUGUCCACCUCCCCAUCUCUCUCUACCCCUCCACUCCGACGUCCCUUGCAUCGAUUUCGAUUUUGAUAUCAUCCACAUACAAAAAUCCCCCAAAACAAACAAUACACUCGUGUG